AUGCGCUACGCCAUCCUCGCCGGCGGGAAACGGGUGAGACCGAUACUCUGCCUCGCCGUCUGCGAGCUAGUCGGCGGAGAAGAGCGUCUGGCGAUUCCGGCGGCUUGUUCGGUCGAGAUGAUUCACACGAUGUCACUCAUCAAAGACGAUCUUCCUUGCAUGGACAACGACGAUCUCCGACGAGGCAAACCCACAACACACAAAGUCUUCGGAGAAAACGUCGCCAUUCACUCCGGCUACGCGCUCUUGACUCUAGCUUUCGAGCGUCUUACGGAAGCUGACGUGUCGUCGGAGAGAAUUGUUCGAACGGUUAAGGAACUGGCUAAGGCUAUUGGAACCAAAGGGCUCGUCGCAGGACAAGCGAUGGAUCUAAGCAGUGAAGGGUCGGGCCAAAACGACGUCGGCUUAUUAGAGAAGCUCGAGUUUAUUCACGUUCAUAAAACCGGUUCGUUGCUCGAAGCAUCGGCGGUUAUCGGAGGUGGGUCGGAGGAAGAGAUCGAGAAAGUUAGAAACUUUGCGAGGUGUAUUGGAUUGUUGUUUCAGGUGGUUGAUGAUAUUUUGGAUGUGACCAAGUCGUCGGCGGAAUUGGGGAAAACCGCCGGGAAAGAUCAGAUCGCCGGAAAGCUGACGUAUCCGAAAGUGUUGGGUCUUGAAAAAUCGAAAGAGUUUGUUGUGAGAUUGAAGAACGAUGCGAAAGAACAUCUUAAAGGGUUUGAUUCGGAGAAAGUGAAACCUUUGAUAGUUCUUACAAACUUCAUUGCCAACAGAAAUAACUGA